AUGGAGGAGAUCAUCAAGAAGUUGAACAACCUGAGGGCAUUCCAGAUCGAGAAGGAGAUCAGCGCUAUAGUCCAGGGAGAGAGGACUGUACAGGAGUACGCCACAGAGCUGGAGCGCUUGUGGCUCGAUCAUGAUCACUUUUCGCCCUUAGCGAGCUGCAAGGACCCUGAGUGCAAGGAGCGCGAGGCCUCUUUGCAGAAGAGGACCAUGUUGUUUCUUCGAGGAUUGGCUCCAGCGUAUGAGCAGAGGACGGCAUUGCUACUAACCCAGACGAAGAUCCCACCACUGGAGAAGGCAGUCUCGGCCAUGAUACAGGAGGAGAGUCGUAUCAGGCUACGGUCUGGGAUAAGUGGACUUACAGGGGAGAAGUCUGCACUGGUGGUAUCCAACCCGGAUAACACUGGAUUCAGAGGGGAGACUAGGCAGUGCUUUAACUGCGGAGAGGUAGGGCAUCUGAGACAGAUGUGCCCUAAGCCACCCAGAGAAAGGAACUGGGGUGAACGUGGUCAGACUGGUGGCCGUGCAGGUCGAGGAGGCAGGGGGCGUGUAGGCCAAGGAGUUGUUCACCUAGCUGUGACAGAUGAGUCUCAGACUACUGCUGGGAUGACUGGAGCUGAAAUAACAGAGCUGGAGGAACUACGUCUGUUCAAGCUUCAGGCUGAGAGUUCGAAGGGCAAGGGACAAGUCACCCAGGAUCUGGCUACCACUACAUGCUUUGGUAACUUUAUUGGUUAUGCUCAUGCGAACAAAGGUACACAGGUUCAGGCACUUGCAUCCACUAAAACUCAUGUUGAUUGGAUCAUAGACUCAGGUGCAUCUAGGCAUGUCACAGGAACAUCUAGUGAGUUUGCAUUAUAUUAUCCGAGUAAGCAUAUGCAUCCUGAGACAGUUCAGACUGCUGAUGGGACAUCCCAACCCAUCAGGGGUACUGGCUCGGUCCAUUGCACUUCAUCUGUUACCUUGUCAUCAGUAUUGCAUGUUCCUUCGUUUCCAGUUAACUUACUCUCAGUUAGCUCUCUCAUUGAUCAAUUAAAUUGCACCGUGUUAUUUGAUCGAGAUUUGUGUGUCUUUCAAGAGAAGGAAACAGGGAGGAGGAUUGGGACUGGCAUCAGACGUGAUGGUCUUUGGUAUCUUUGGUAUUUGGACAGGGAGACUGCAGUGAUUGCUGCUGCUGUUAGCGGAGGGCCAGAGGCAGAAGCAAUGCUUCAACAUUGCCGAUUAGGGCAUUUAUCUUUUGAUAGUUUGAAUAUGUUAGAACCUGAGAUUAUGAAGAAAGUGGAUAGAAAAUAG